GCGGCCCUUCUGUCUCUUCUUUUACAGACGUCUCUGGGGGUCCAGGUGCGACGCUUUAAGAAGCUGGGUGACCUGAUCGCUCUCUACCUGCAGCCGAACCAGGGGAUGGUGUGCACCCUGCUGUACCCUGUGGAGCGAGAGAAGGAGAAAGACAUCAUGGAGGACAGAGACUACUCCGACGGGGAGGAUGAGAAGCCGCCUUUACCACCGCGCUCGGCUUCCGCCAGUUUUUCCGGAGGGUCCUCAUUGGGUUUGGUGCCAAGUGCCGGAGACGUCAGCCCGACCGAGAGUACCGCCAACGGGCUGAGCACGGUGUCUCACGAGUACCUGAAGGGCAGCUAUGCCCUGGACCUGGAGGCGGUGAAGUCCGGGGCCACCAGUCUGCCGCACCUCAACAAGACGCUGGUCCUGUCCUGCAAGAGGCUGCACAGUGAAGCUGAUAAAGUUUUAUCUGGGCUGGAAAUUCUCUCCAAGAUCUUCGACCAGCAGAGCUCGCCCAUGGUGGCCAAAAUCCUGCAGCAGGCUGCAACUCAGAGCGGAGAGCAGGAGCUGGAGAGCCUGGUCAUCAAGCUGUCCGUCCUGAAGGAUUUCCUAUCCAGCAUCGAGAAGAAGGCCCUGAAGGUAUUACAGGAUAUGAGUAGUUCAGCGCAGUCGGCUCCGGUUCCUCAAUCCUCCAGAAAGGCUAAGAGUAUUCCGGUGCAGACCUUCGAGGUAAAACUGGACAUGCUGGACCUCACCAAGAUCGUGAAAUCCCAGAAGUACACGCUGACCGUGGAUGUGGACGGAGGGAAACUGGUGGUGAUGAAGAAGGUGAAGGAGGCUCAGGAGGACUGGAACACCUUCGCCCAUGACAAAAUCCGGCAGCUGAUCAAGUCCCAGCGGGUGCCAUGUAAGCUUGGAAUCGUGUUCGAGAAGGAGAAGGAUAAGACGCAACGGAAAGACUUCAUCUUCGUCAGUGCCAGGAAGCGAGAAGCCUUCUGCCAAUUGCUCCAGUUGAUGAAGAACAAGCACUCCAACCAAGACGAGCCCGACAUGAUCUCCAUUUUUAUUGGGACCUGGAACAUGGGAAGUGUUCCACCCCAGAAAAAUAUCACCUCCUGGAUGGGCUCCAAAGGCUUAGGGAAGACCCUGGACGAGAUGGCGGUCACCAUACCUCACGAUAUCUAUGUGUUCGGAACGCAAGAGAACUCAGUGGGCGAUAAGGAGUGGGUGGACUUCCUGAGGGUUAUGCUGAAAGAUUGCACAGAGCUGGACUAUCGGCCG